AUGCUCCUCCGUUAUCAGGAGAAUCGUCACCAGUCACUCUCAAGAUGGCGACCGAACCAUGCCGGGAGAGGGCGGGGAAUGAGGCGGAAGUGAAAUUGGGAAGUAUUGACAGGAACUAGAAGGGGUUGAGGCGGCCUUGUCUUUGGGUUUGUCGGCGAUCGUCUUGUGCCAGAAUGAUUCCUACGGAGGAGACGUCUGGCCGGAGGAGGGAAAUAGAAGAGAAACUUAAGCAGGAAGAAGAAACAUUGUCUUUCAUUAGAGAGAGUUUAGAAAAAAGUGACCAGCUCACAAAAAACAUGGUUUCCAUUCUCUCAUCCUUUGAAAGCCGUCUGAUGAAGCUGGAGAAUUCAAUUAUCCCUGUACAUAAGCAAACUGAGAAUCUUCAGCGCCUGCAGGAAAAUGUUGAGAAGACACUAUUCUGCUUGGAUCAUGUUAUAAGUUAUUACCAUGUAGCAAACGACACAGAGAAGAUAAUAAGGGAAGGCCCUACUGGUAGAUUGGAGGAAUAUUUGGCCUGCAUGGCUAAAAUUCAGAAGGCUGUGGAGUAUUUCCAAGACAACAAUCCUGACAGUCCAGAACUCAAUAGAGUGAAAUUGCUGUUUGAGAGGGGGAAGGAGUCAUUGGAAUCUGAAUUUCGUAGCCUUCUGACACGACACUCUAAACCAGUUCCACCAAUCCUCAUCCUGGAUCUCAUCACUAUGGAUGAUGAAAUGGAAACCCAGGAAGAUAUGACAUUAGAACAUCUCCCUGAGAGUGUCCUGCAAGACAUUGUCCGUAUUUCUGGUUGGCUGGUAGAGUAUGGAAGGAACCAAGAUUUCAUGAAUGUUUACUACCAGAUCCGUUCCAGCCAGUUGGACCGUUCUGUCAAAGGACUGAAGGAACAUUUCCGGAAGACUAGCUCUUCCUCAGGGGUCCCGUAUUCCCCAGCUGUUCAGAACAAGAGGAAAGACACACCAACUAAAAAACCCAUCAAAAGACCAGUCCUCAUCCCAGGUAAAGUGUGUGUUGUGUCUGUCCCUUCUGCAGCUUGAUGGAUGUGUCAGCUGUGUGCUAAGAUGCCAUUGCAGACCUCUUCCUACUGCCAGCAAAGUGUGUGCUUGGGGUAUUCCAAGGGGUUGUUAUCUGCCCAUGGAGGCCUCUAAUGCUAUGGAGGGGCAUAGCUGCCACACCCUGGAGUUCUUCCUGAAAGCUGACUAUGCUAAGAGAGAACUUGAAAAGGUUUGGGGUCAGAUAUUUAAAUUGAAGCCAAGUCCACUGUCCAUGUGUACAUACCUUGAUUAGAUUGACAGACAUUUUACCACUCACUUGGAUAUAAACAAAGCUAAAUUUACUGAACUUAAGGUGUUCCUUUCCAUCAGUGGUGUUUCUGCUUUUCCAAGCCUGAGUUUAAAGCUGCUGUUUUGACUAAGGCAUACCAGUUUAUCUGCUAUGCAAGGCAGAAGAUACAAUAAAUUCAGCAUUGUCUAACGGCCUCUGACAUUUCCAAACCAGUAGAUUGUUACAAAUGCGUGGAUGGACAACUUAGUGGAUCAUAAGAGACUCUAAUUCAUAUCCUUAAAUAAUUUUGUCAAAUGUGCUAACCAUUUGCUCAUAGCAUCUUUAAUGUCUAAUUGAAUGAAACAAUUACUUCCCACAUGAUGGCUGUGCUAAGUCUGAAUUGGUGUGUCAUGUGGUAACCUAGAAAAUGAUAAAUCUGAACUACCAAUAUGUGUUUGAAAUAGACCUGCAGUGAAGCAAAUCUUACAAAAUAAUGGCAGAUAAUUGUGCUACAUAAUUCUUUGGCAGAUACUGAGUCUCUCAGUUUUAUUUCCUGGCAACUCUUCAGCUUUCAAGGGCAGCUCUAUAAGUGAAGUUCUAACAUCUCUGUCAAAAUUGUCACUCUUGGUUUCUUUUGUUGGAAUGUAAUCGUCCCUUAUUUUGUCUUUUAUCUGGCUUGUAUGAUGGCAAGGAAACAACUGUUCCAUUUUCUGUGCCGCUGCUUGACAAAUUCAUGUUAACUCCACCCUCCUAGCCAAUUUUGAGCUUCUGGAUUGUGUUCCAUGGUUCUACUAUAAGGGUAUCUUAGCGCUACACACCUAUUUUAAUCUCCUGCAAUGAAUGAGUUUAAACCUCCCCACCGAAAAGAAAUGUCCCAGGGAGUGAGCAUUGGGGUGGAAGGUGUGGGGAAGCUGCAAACAUCUUGUAUUCAAGGAUGCAAAUGAUAGAUCCCCACCAAAAUGUAGCUGAACUUGGGGAGAGCAUGCCUUCUUAAUAUAUGGACAUCAGUGUUUUUAUGCUGUUGUUCCCUGUACCUCUCCAUGCUACUUCCACAAGUACAUUCCAAACAAAAUCUCAUGGCAUUCGCUUUGUCAAGGAAAGCUUCUUAUGCAAAGAAAUUACAAGCUGACAUGUUCAGUGAUUCCUUGGGACAUUUUGAAUGGAUCACUAAGUUAUCAGCUUAGGAGAAGUGCAGUCAAAAGGUUUAGAUACACUUUUGCUGUGUAUUAGGAGCAAAGCUGACAGGUAGGUCCUAAGCAAAGGGAGGAUUCUGCUAUAGGGUGUCAUUUAAUACAAGGCUUUGAAGCCAUUUUACAAACAGAAUUAUCUAUAGAUCCAUUCUGAAAAGAUGCUUCUUCCUGAAGAAAGAACCUAUUUAUUUUAUUUAUUUAUUAUUUCAAUUUAUAUACCGCCCUUAGCAAAAUAGCUCUCAGGGCGGUGAACAAACAAGAUAAAAUACAAUAUAUCAUAAUAAAAAUACAAAAACAUAUACAAACAAACAACAAAAAGCACAGCAAAAACAAAAUAAAUACUACAAAAAUUAAAAAUACAGAUUAAAAGGUUAAAAAAGAUUAAGAAGAUUAAAAUGCCUGGGAGCAUAAAAAGGUCUUUACCUGGCGCCGAAAAGAUGGAAGUGUAGGCGCCAGGCGUACCUCUUUGGGGAGGCUGUUCCACAACUCAGGGGCCACCACAGAAAAGGCCCUAGAUCUCGUAACCACCCUCCGGGCUUCCCGAUGGGUUGGUACCCGGAGGAGGGCCUUAGAUUCUGAACGAAGUGAGCGGGUAGGUUCAUAGCGAGAGAGGCGUUCCACAAGGUAUUGAGGUCCCACGCCGUGUAAGGCUUUAUAGGUCAAAACCAGCACCUUGAAUCUCGCCCGGAAGCAAAUAGGAAGCCAGUGCAGACGCGCCAGGACAGGUGUUAUAUGCGAAGACCGACUGGUCCUCGUCAAUAAUCUGGCAGCUGCGUUCUGCACCAGCUGAAGCUUCCGAACUGUCUUCAAGGGCAGCCCUAUGUAGAGCGCAUUACAGUAAUCCAAUCUUGAAGUUACCAGAGCAUGGACAACGGAGGCGAGGUCGUCCCUGUCCAGAUAGGGGCGUAGUUGGGCUACCAGACAAAGAUGGUAAAACGCAUUCCGUGCCACCGAGGCCACUUUGGCCUCGAGAGACAAGGAAGAGUCGAGAAGAACCCCCAAACUACGUACCUGUUCUUUCAGGGGGAGUGUAACCCCAUCCAGAACAGGGUAAGCAUCCACCAUCUGAGCAGGGAAACCUAGAAUUCCUUCACCUUGUCCUGGCUACAAGUAGUCUAGAUGUCUCCAAGUCUAUCUUCUUGUUAGUGGAUUCCAACCAACCAUACAAGAAUCACUGGGUUAAUGACUUCCAGAAUGCUUGCAAGGAGAUAAUGCUUUGAGGACAGCUAUGUAAGCUUAGAAGUAACAGCCUGUUCCUCUCCUUGUUUGAUCACUGCCUCUACCUUGAAUGUGAUGCUUUCAUUAGUAACCACCAUGCUGUCCCACUUGGUUCAAAAGCACCUAAUUAUGAGGAAAAAAUCUAAAAUAAAGGCAUUUGGCUUCCAAUAGAAUCCAUCAAGACCUAAUUAGGAUGCUAAGUACUCUGCUCUUCAGUAGCACUGAAUUAAUACCCAGAAGCACUUGGUGUGUCUGGGAGGUAAAUAUGGUUAAUUGUUCUAAUGCAAAUUGGAGGAGGAUACUGAGCCCUGCAAGGUUCUUAUCUGCUGAGCAUGGAAGACUUCACUUUGUAGUCUUGCACUGGGAAUAGCUCAUACUGAUGCUUGCAGCAUACAUAGUAGUUAGAGUUGUAUUGAUGUUCCCAACAAAAAUAAGACUGCUAAUUUCAAUUAUGCCACAGCUCUUCAGAGCCUAGUGGCUUUUUGCAUAAAGUUUUACAGUGGAAAAACUCAAAAAAGAAUAAUGUAUAAUUUCAUUUUAGAAAAUUGGGAAGCAUGGGUCAAUUGUACAGUGGAAAAAGUUUUAAAUAGUUUCAUAAUUUUACAGGGAAAGGGGCUUUUAAUCCUCUAGUUCAGUCAUAGUUACUGACUGGUAGCAUUGCUUUCAGAUGCAAAGCAUGUCAAAAUGUGACACACGCACACACAAACCUCUGUUUGUCACCCUUGUACUGUUGCACCUUAAUAAUCCACAAUUUGAGCAAAAUUUUAAAAUUUGUAUUUCUUUGCAAGCACUUGCAAGAUAACUAGAUCUGACUUUAUUAAUGCAAUGGUUGGUCUCAUGAUUUAUUGCGAAACAUGAUUUUAAGUGGAGCUGUCCCUUGUAAAUGAAGUUCAUUUAUUUAUUAAAUUUAUAUCCCACUCUUCCUCCUAGAAGGAGCCCAGGGUGGCAAACAAAAAACGCACACUCUAAAACAUCUUAAAAACAAAAGACUUUAAAACAUAUUAAAACAAAGCGUGUUUAAAAACAUAUUAAACCUAAACAUCUUUAAAAAGUCUGAAAAAGUAAUUCCAACAUGACUGGGAUAAGUUCAGUGCUUUUAGCAUUGUUAUAAGUACUGUGAUAUAUAUUGCCUGUGACAAUGGCAAUACAUGUAUGAUUUUCAAAGAAUAGUUUAAAAUAUACUGUAUAGGAUUGGUGAGGAAAUUUCAGCAUGAGAUUCUACAGUGUCAAUGUUCUUGCUAUUAAUCAAGCAACUUCAAGAAUGUUAAUUAUCUGGUAGCUGUAGAAAGCCUUAUCUUUUGCAUUGCUAUCGUUAUUGUACCAUAUGAUAACAUUUGUUAAAUAAUGCAGCAAUAUUAUUGUCACAAUUACAACUUUUUGGGGAGAGUUCAGCUGUCUUUUCCUGAAUAUAGUUUUGUUGGCUUACUACCUGCAUCACGCAUCCAACGCUAAAUUUGCCUUCUUUGGUGUAUGCUGCAUUUGUAUACCCUGUUGUAUGAUCGCAAAGCUUUUGGCAAACUUUCCAGCCAAAUAUUCUCAGUUUCAGAAAAGCGCAUCCCAUUGGUACAAGGUGUGCUUAGUACAAACAGCAAGGUAAUUGGUCUGAGCAGUGACGAGGAUAUUUAUUCCACUAUUUUCAAACAGCACAUAAAAUGCAAUUGUUCCAUGACAUUUGGUCUAAAUGGAAUACACUGUACUGUGGUCUUUUAAAUCUGCAACAGUGCAUAUAAUGUUGCAACCCCAGGAGCUUCCGGAUGUUGGUGUUGUUCUAUUUUGUUCGUGUGUAUUUUGAGCAAAAAAAAGAAGUCAUUUUUAGUGAUGUAAUUAAAUAGUUUGUUCAUUUUUUCCCCACCAUUGGAAAGGUUGUAAAGCACUAUCUGCCUUUCUAAAUUUGUCUCUUCUGUGGUUGUGUUUACAGUGGCUGGUUGGCUGAUCUAAUGCCAGCACUCUGUAUGUGUGUGUAUAUGCCCAUGUGUGCUUCUGAUUCUGUUGUUUUGCUUUGUAGCAUGUUCACUAAUACAUUUUCAUGUCAAACUGAGGUUUGUUUGUGAACUGACAUUCUAACGCUUUCUCUUGUGCUUUUUUCAGUGUUUCUUAGUUGCAGCAUCCUGCUUCGGUUACAGUUUAAUGCUUUCCUUUUUAAAAAAACAAAACAAAAAUGCAUUAUUGAGAUAUAAUUCAUUUGCAUUUAUUCAGAAGUAAAGUCCUACGGAUUGGAAGGGGAAUAGCUUGACUUUCAUUUUAUUGGUAGGAAAGGGGGCUGGAGCAGCGAUACGCUGUGCUGUUAGCUCCUGGCUACUAUUGUCUGCAGCUCUCAUAGAUGCUUACCCUGUUCUAUAAAGAUAGAGCUUUCUCUUUCCUUUACCUUUUCAUCUGUCUAUGGUGAGAAUGCUCAGAAAACACACAGCCUGUAAUUAUUUCUGUGGUCAGCUGUUCCUGACACAAGGCACAGAUAUGCCUUAUGUGGCCAUUGAGGUAGGCCUUCAGUCUGGAAUCUAGUACUACUGGCAUUUAGAACCCACAUUUUAUAAGCCUGGGAACAAUCUUUCCUGCCACUCAUGAAUUUGCUGGGUUCUUUGAUGAAUGCUCAGAACUGGAGCCUGGGGUUGUUGCAACCAGCCAGGGGCUAUGCUCUCCCUCUCCAUCAGCAAGUUGACCUGCUCCAUUGAUAUCUGCCAAGAAAUCACAUCAUCUCUUCGCCGCCACUGCUCUUUUGUGUAGCUUCCUCUUAGUUUUCCUUUUCUGAAUAGACUUUUUUAAAAAAAAUUGCAGUGUGAGUCCUCCAAAGCUUCACCCACACAUUUUUGCCUCCUUCCUUCCCUCAAGCUCAUUCAUUAACAGCACACAGAAGCUCUGCUUCAGGCUGGUUUUCUUCUUUUUAUCUUGCCCUACUCAGGACUAAGCCACUGUCCAACCAGUUAUUGUAGCUCUCUCCCCUAUCCUAGCAUGUCUUGAGCAAUACUAACUGUGUAAAACUGGUUGUCCGAAUCACUGGAUGCAAGUAAGAAUGGCUUUGCUGCCAUUCAACCUGCCUCUGGGUUGUGGCAAUGUGAAAAAUGAAUGCCGGUUCUCUUGUAGCAAACAGCUUCAACAUUUCACAUUAUCAGGAUGUGGGCAAGGUCCUUGGAAGUGAGCAGAGUCUACUACUUCAUAAUGUUAAACAGGAGUGAAUUAAUCGGCCAGGUUCAUGAAAUAAGAAAUACCUCCUGAUGAUAGGAAGUGGUGCCAAUUGCCUGGAAGGAGGUGGCUUUGAGGCACAACUGAAAUAAAAAUUCUGAAAGCCACUGCUCCCACAUACAAUAUUAGAAGAUGUGUGAAUUUACUUAAAUUUGGACAUUGAGUGCAAUGUGGUUGAUGAAAAAAAAUCCUCAUCUGUGACAUGGUCUCUUUUGUUUGAAAAUGGCAGCCUUGUGGAAUGGGCAGGCCAUACUUGUGCUUACAGACCUCGUGGGAGGUACUCCACCUGAUGCAUUCUAUCAGGAUGCAAGCCGUGGCUGCUGCGGCUGCUGCUGCUAAUAAUAAUAAUAAUAAUAAUAAUUAAUAAUAAUAAUAAAUAGUAGCAAAAGCAUCCUAUUAUAAAAUUUUAUUUCGUGCUUUUUUUCAAGAUUCAAAACAGUUAACAGGAUAGUAAAAACAAUGAAACCUUCACAAAAAUAAAUACAAAACAAAUAUUAAAUAUAUAUUUUUUAAAUGUUGACAAAGAAUUGGCGGAAAUGGCAGAAAACAAGGAUCAGCCCUCAGUAGAGCAACUAGGUAAAUGCAGCCUCAUCAGUUUUUCCACAAAAGCUUCCCAAACACCACAUAUUGACAGGAUGAUGAAAUAAAUUUAAAGAUGGGCCAAAGUAAUCUACCUCAGGGAGGGCAUUCUGUAGUGUAGUGUAUAUACCUGCCUAACCUUGGUUGGGAAACUCCAGCAGGUUCUCUGAUGAUCAGAAUACACAGGAAUCUGCAUGCAACAUAUACCACAGAGAAAUGUUUCCCUCCCCCCGUGGUGCUCUUACACCAUCUGUCAUAUAUACCCUUGGUUCCAGUUGGAGAAUAUAUUAUUUUUGUUGCACAGAAUUUAGCUUUGUUUAAAAACAAAACAAAAAGAAAAUGCCAUGCAUGUAUUCCAUGCUAAAUCUUGAUUAAAGUAAUACUGCUGGACUGAUUAUCCUGUGCGUUGCGUUGACUGUAGUUGAAGCAGAUUUCAGUGGCUUUGGUAGCAUUUGAUACCAAAUCAGUGUUUUAAUUAUUAUUUUUUAUUUAUUUUUUAUUUAUAGAAUUUAUUAGUCGCCCAUCUGGCUGGCUGUCCAGCCACUCUGGGCGAUGUACAACAUAGGCAUAUAAUACCUAGACACUGAAAAUCUAAAAGCAAUGAAGAUAAAAUGUAGCCCACCCCAAAAGCCUGCCUGAAGAGCCAGGUCUUCAAGGCCCGGCGGAAACUCAUCAUAGAAGGGGCAUGGCGGAGAUCAUUUGGGAGAGAGUUCCACAGGGUGGGGGCCAUUUCUAUUUAUUACAUUUCUAUCCCACCCUUCCUUCCAAAGGAACCAAGGUGGCAAGCAACACAGUUAAAACAAUACAAUUCAAAUAAAAACUUCUAAAAACAUUUAAUAACUUCCAAAAACAUUUUAAAAGGUCACAUGCUCUCACAGCUAAUAAUGUCAAAGUUGUUGGGGACAGUAUCUUUUAGCUACCAAAUGCCUGGAUAAGCAGGGCCGUUUUAAAAUUCCUUCCAAAUAUUAAUAAUGAGGGAGAGAGACUCCCUUCACCAUGGAGGGCAUUCCACAAAUGGGGAGCUGCCUCUGAGAAGGCCUAUCAUGGGUCAGCACCAACUGGCUAGCAUGCAGCUGGGGCACCGCCAACCGGGCUUCCCCUGCCAAUCAUAGGGGCUGACAUGGUUGAUACUGGAGAAGGUGCUCUUUUAGGUACUCUUGCCCCAAGCCAUUUAGGGCUUUGUAUGUUAGCAUUAAUACCUUGAAUUGCUCCCAGUGGCUUCAGGACUAGUGUCACACGGUUCCGUUGGGCUGCCCACCUCACCAACUUAGCAUCUGAAUUCUGAAGUAGCUAAAGCUUCUGGACUAGUUUCAGGGAAGCCCCAUGCAGAGCACAUUGCGGUAGUUCUUCAGUCUCAUUAAAGGGAUUGGUGAGAAAAUUAAAGAGCACGCUAUUGAACAUUCCUGAAUAUGUGUGUGUAUACAGAGCAUUCUCACUGUCGGCCUGCACUGCCAUGCUAGGUAUGGUUGACAAGGACUGGUGGAGGGUUGCUUUGUGUUUUGUUUCUCUCUUACUCAUUUCCAAGGUCUCUUUGUCUCUCCUCUCUUGUGGCUCUGG